AACGUUAUCGCGCGAUUAUUUUCGCUACUACAACUUUGACGAUGACUCAUUUUCACUUUUUUACAAGUUUUCAUUUUGAUUUUAUGAAUUAUUAGUCAUCUCGUACACAAUUCAACUCUUUUCGCCAUUAUUUCAUCGAAAAUUUCACCGAAGCAUCAACAAAAGAUCACUGAAUAUGCCCGAUUCGAACUCUUUGAACAGCUCAAAGGACGUAAAUCGCGAAUCUGUCUCAAAUACUCUAACAUCGGAAACGAACACCGCUGAAAAUCGAACCCUACAGUCUCUGCAACAAGAUCUAACGUUGACCGAUAAACUAAACAAAAAUCUGCUUUGUAGUUAUUUGAAAAGACUCAACGCCGAAGACGCAAACGGAACUGGUCAAACGAAUACGAAUAACGAAGCCGUAAACGAAGAGUCGAAUUUCUCCCAGUAAUUGUCACGUCGAAAAAUGGACGAUGAUGAUGGAUUUGCCAGCGACAACAGCUAUAACGUCGAUAAUCCGAGUACACCGCCAGAAAACGUCAAUCCGGAAGAAGAAGCUAUCGAAGUACCCGCUGUUAAAGUUGAACCGAAGAAGAAACGUAUCGUUAGGAACCCUCAACCGAAAUUGGAUGCCGAUAGAUUAAGAGGUCCCAGAGGUCUUAAAAUUCUCCAAGACUGGUUCAAAGAUACUAAAUUCAAAGGCAAAGGACACGAAAAGGAAGAUCUCGAUGCUAUCAUGUUACGUUUAGAACAAUGGACUCAUCGUUUAUUUCCUAAAUUCACCUUCGACGAUACUCUCGCUAGGAUUGAAAAGCUUGGCCAUAAGUCUCAAGUUUCAAACUACGUGAAACGAAUAAGAUUAGAUAUGGAGGACGAUGAUAUCAGAGAGACAGUUGACGAGAACAAUUUACAAGAUACCGAAGAACCAGCGAACGAUGCGAUUGAUCCAUUUACUGCUUUGUUGAAUCAACAUUCUAGCGCUGAUAAUAACGUUGCACCUCAACAAAAUCAACCAGUCGUCUUGACCGAUGAACAAAGAGAACGAAUGAUUCGUAACAGGCUUUUAGCUGAAGAAAGACGUUUAGCCAGAGAAAAGCUCAGAGCCGAGCAAGAAAGAAACGCGGUGUCACAGGUUAUUGAGUAAUUUCUGUUUUAUAUUUUUCAAUGUUCUUUUUUUUCCAUUUUUUUAUUUUUAAAUUUCAAAGUUUAAUUUUAUUCAUUCUUCGUAGCAAAUAUAACCGUUCGAAUUUUU